UCUCUCUCUGUGUGUGUGUGUGUGUGUGUGUGUGUGUGUGUGUGUGUGUGUGUUUACGUCUCCACCGCUGUCUCUCUGUCUUUGUCCGCAGACACGGAUGAAGAUGUGCGCCGUGCAGCUGCUGCGGGUGUCGGUCCAUGAGCGGAUCAGCGCCGCCGCUGAAGACUUCCUGCUGCGGCUGGAGAAAGCGAGAGAAGCGGCUGAGAUCCCGGAGCUGAGAGCGCUGCUCACCGAGCGGUUAACGGCGGCUGCGGAGGAGAUCGUCGGUCUGUUGGAGGAAACCGUGGCGGAGUACGAAGACAGAGUGGAGCGGUCAGAGCGGGAGAUCUGCCGCCAGAGGAGGCUGCUGGAUGCCGUGCUGAAGCCUGAAGUCCGGCUGCACCGAGCGGAGGUCCAGCAGCAGCUGUUGGUGGUUAAAGAAGAGGUUCCCCCUGAGCAGCAGGAGUGGAGCUCCAGUGUGGACCAGGAGGACCCAGAGCCCCCACACAUUAAAGAGGAAGAGGAGGAACUGUGGAGCAGUCAGGAGGGAGAGCAGCUUCAAGGGCUGGAGGAGGCUGAUAUCACCAAGUUCACAUUCACUCCUGUCCCUAUGAAGAGUGAAGAUGAUGAAGAGACACCUCAGUCUGAGGGACACCACUGUGGAGGACCAGGACCAGGACCAGACAGGGACUCAGGUCUUGACACUGAUGACAGGACCAGAGACUGUUCUGAGAGUCACAUGGGUGACUAUCAGACGGAUCCUGGUCCUGAUCCUGGUCCUGAUCCUUCAGCUCCGCUAAUCGACAGUGUCCUUGUCAGCAAUGAGGGACAUCACGCCGGAGAGAAACCGUUCAACUGCUCCGUGUGUGGGAAAGGGUUUCACUCCAAGACAAACCUGAACAUCCACAUGAGGGUCCACACUGGAGAGAACCCGUUUGGUUGCUCCGUCUGCGGACGCAGAUUCAACCAGAAGCAGAACCUGAUGCGUCACAUGACGCGUCACACGGGAGAGAGACCAUACUGUUGCUCCAUCUGUAAGAAACGGUUCAAAUACAGUGGAGACGUUGGACGACACAUGAGGAUCCAUGCACGACAGAGACAGUCCACUUCCUGUGUGACUGAUCACAUGACCACAGACAGUGACGGCCAGCACACAGAAGAGAACCCGUUCACCUGCUUCUUGUGUGAUGAGGGCUUCUCUCUGUGGGCGGACUUAAUGCGACACAUGACGCGUCACACAGUAGAGAAACCGUCUACUUCCUGUGUUGCUCAGACAGAACCAGAUAGACAAUUAAAAUUAGGAAGUGAUUCCACGUCAGUUGAGACCGACGUCCAUCAGACUGGAGAGUCUCAGUCAGGUUCAGACUCUACAAAGGCGCCACAAAGUGGCAGCAGGAAGUUGUUUAUCUGCUCCGAGUGUGGGAAACGAUUUGGCACCAGGACGAACCUGAAGGUUCACAUUAGAGUUCACACCGGAGAGAAACCCUUCAGCUGCUCUGUUUGCGGGAAAGGCUUCACCCAGAAGGCCAAUUUACUUCGUCACAUUCCCUGCCACACAGGAGAGAAACCGUACAGCUGUCCUUCCUGCCAUAAGCACUUCAGAUGUGAGCCAUAUGUUGAGAGACACAUGAGAAUCCACCACCAAGGAAAACUGUUUACUUCCUGUGUGAGCAACAUGGCAGCAACUAACGACGGGAAGUCGUGCGUCUGCUCUGAGUGCGGGAAAAGAUUUGGCAACAAGACGAACCUGAAGAUCCACAUGGUUGUCCACACCAGAGAGAAACCAUUCAGCUGCUCGGUCUGUGGCGCCAAGUUUACGCAGAAGUCCAACCUGAGGCGUCACAUGACUCGUCACACAGGAGAGAAACCACAUAGCUGUCCUGUCUGUCACAGAUGCUUCAGGUUCAGAGGAGACGUCAGGAGACACAUGAAGGUCCACACCAGGGAGGGGCAGUUUGCUUUCUGCGUGGGCGAAGCAAAGAAGCAGGCGGAGCUCCCACCUGUCCCACUAAGGGGUGAGGAUGAUGAAGACAGACCCCAGUCCUCACAGAUGACUACAGACGCUGACGAAGGAGAUGGUGGAGAACCAGAUCCUGAGGACCGAGGGGAAGGAGGGAAGGAAGUCCCCGUCAGCAAGGAGACGUCAGAGAAACCACUCAGCUGCUCCCUCUGCGGGAAGACCUUCACCCGACGGUACUCGCUGUCUGUCCACAUGAGACUCCACACAGGAGAGAAACCCUUUAGCUGCUCCGUCUGUGCCAAACGCUUUGUCCAGCGCUAUCACUUCCUGGAACACACACGGCGCCACACAGGCGAGAACACGUUCGACUGUGCCAUGUGUGGCAGAAAGUUCGGUCACAGGUUCCGUCUGGCAAACCACAUGAAGACGCACACGGGGGAGAAACCGCUCAGCUGCCUGCUGUGUGGGAAAGGAUACCGGUACAAAGGAGAGCUGGUGGAACACAUGAGGGUUCACUCGGGGGAGAAACCGUUCAGCUGCUCCGUCUGCGGCAGGAAGUUCCGUCUCAAGUACAUCCUGAAGAACCACAUGAGAAUCCACAGCAGCGAGUUCCCCUUCAGCUGCUCACGCUGUGGGCAGGGCUUCAGGCAGAAGGGGAAUCUGAAUAAACACGUGGCGAUGCACAAGGCCGAGGACGUCCCGUUGCAGUGACGAGGACAGAAGACACAGACUUUAGCGUUAGAGAUGCUGCAGCUGUUGAGUUCAUCAGGACGCCGUCAGGUUCACUGUGGACUGUGAGACGUGUGUCCAUCAUUAGACGGACAGACAGACAGAGGCGGAGACAGAGAAGGACUGAGACAGAGACAGACCUACACAGACACAGAGACAGAGGGUCGGGCUGGGGUGAGACUAUACCAAAUAUCAUUAAGAUGUCCAAAAAGUUUCAAUAUUUCCAAAAAAAAAGUUGCUAAAAUUUCUGAUAAAAGUUGACCUCUGGUCAGUUUAGAGUUUCGACCGCAGACACUCACUGUCAACGAAAUGUCUGAAAAAUAUAAUUACAACAUUUUAGGAGAUGAAUUCUGACAUGUUUUGACAUGUACAGUGGUAACAUGAGCUGGAUUUAACGCAGUGAUGUCAUCAGCACACAAUGACGUCAGGGAAUUUUUCAUUUGUCAGUACAUUUCAUAAAGACAAAACUCAAACUGAUCUAAGCUUGGACACCAGACGGCACCGGGACUCGACCCAAGUGUAGGACAGAGACAGUGUGACCAGGAACCUUUGUGUCCUGACCCUCCGACCCUGACCCUUGAUGCAGGGCCUGGACCCCCUCAGGUCUGGAACCUGAUAAACUGACCCACUAAGAAUUCUCAGUCCUGUUUUUGUUCUCCAGCAAAAUUUCAUCUGAGCUGCAGUCGUAUUGGUAGUUAAUAAAACAUCUGCUGCCCCCUGCUGUAUGUAUUUACACGUGAAUAAAUGAAAAACCUAUUUUGGUUUUACUGUGAAGAGACUUUAUUUAUUUAUUAAUUUAUUUGUUGUUAUUUACCUCUUCUGAUCUUUAGCUUCAACUUUUUUUCUUUGUGUUAAUUCUGUGUUAAAUCUGUUAGAUAAAUGAAAAAAAAAAAAGAAUAAUUAUAUUGGCAGUGCCACAGUGUGACAUCACUUGUUGUGAUCAGAUCCAUGUUUUCAUUCAGUGACGUAGGAAUGAAUGAACAAAGUUGAUCAAUGACCUUAAUAUAAA